AUGUCUAUAUCGUCCGCUGCUAUUGAGGUGUAUCAGCAAACGGGAUAUACUUUGACUGCCAAAUUGCAGGCACAGCGAGAGCAACCAGGAGGCAAUCGACUCGGUGGCCCACUACGCUAUCCGCAUACGAUAUUAUUUUGGCUGCGUUGUAACCAGGAUGUACUUAACGAGCGUUUGGACAAGCGUGUUGACGCUAUGCUCGAGCAGGGCUUGCUGCGUGAGAUACGCGCCUUUCACAACGAGCACAACAUUGAUAAAAGCAAUACCGACAACUCAACAACGUACACCCGUGGCGUACUUCAAACAAUAGGCUUCAAAGAAUUUAUACCCUACUUGGAGCAGUUUAAUGCGGCAAAUGAUCAGAAAAUUGAAGAGUACUUACGCUUGAAUUCAUAUAAAAUGCCAACAGAAGAGCACUUCAAAGCACAAAAGCCGAGUUCAAUAAAAGUAACACUGGUUCAGAAGCCGCAAAAACAAAAAGAAUACGCAGCAGCGGCACAAUGCCAAUCACAGCACGAACUCAAUAGCGAAGUUGAAUUGGAAUUGGGAUCAGCGACAAAUUCCCCUACAACCACAAAUCCACCUUUGCCUGCUGGCCUCGAGGUGCUAAACAUGUGUUUGAACGAGCUGAAACGUGUCACACAACGCUACUCCAAGAAGCAAAUCAAGUGGAUUAAUAAUCGUUUUUUGGCCAGUAAGGAUCGUCAAGUACCGGAUUUGUAUGAGCUCGAUACGAGUGACGUCAAAUUGUGGCAAGCAGAAGUGUAUGAGCGUGCUGUAGCGGUCAUCGAGAGCUAUCGUAGUGGGGAGGUUUGUGAGAUACAGCCAAUGUCACGACGUCAGCAUCCGGGUGCAGGACUCAAUGAGGAGACCAGCAACUUUUGUGAAACUUGUGAACGACUCUUCAUAGGUGAAUAUCAAUGGCAAUUACAUUUGAAGUCUAACAAACACAAAAAAAGGAGGGAGGCAAACAAAAAGAAGGAGAAAGAGAAGGCAAAAGAAAUGACUUUGGCACUGGACGCGGAAGAUAUUAAGAACUGAAGCUGUUGUUACUGUUAAUUUUAUAAGAAA